CCGACUUCCGGUGGCGAGGAGGGAGAUUCCGGGGCGGGCCGCCAGGCCGAGGGAGGAGGGUCUGACAGUUGGCGCCGCCGAAAGGGAGGGCGGGCUGCGCGAGUGGGCGCGGGCCCGCGGGCCAGCUUACAGAUGGGGUCUUUGAAACCCAGAUGGUGAAGUACUCGGCCCAGGCCACACAGCUAGUAGGUGGUAGAGCCAGAUUUGAACCCUGCAGUCUGGUUCCAAGGUCUCUGUCCUUAGGCCAUGAAAGUGGCUCCAGGGAGCAGCACCAAGACCCGCAGGACAAUGGUCUCAGUGACUAUGGCCACUUCUGAAUGGAUCCAGUUCUUUCGGGAAGCCGGCAUUCCUCCAGGACCUGCUGUCAAUUACGCCGUGAUGUUUGUGGAUAAUAGGAUUCAGAAAAGCAUGCUGUUGGAUCUCAACAAGGAAAUCAUGAAUGAGCUGGGCGUGACAGUGGUCGGUGACAUCAUUGCCAUCCUCAAGCAUGCCAAGGUGGUGCACCGCCAGGACAUGUGCAAAGCUGCCACUGAGUCAGUGCCCUGUGCUCCCAGUCUCUUCCCAAGUGAGAUUCGUCGAGGCACCUGUAGUGCCGCCUCCAGAAUGAUUGCCAACAGCUUGAACCAUGACUCCCCACCCAGGACUCCCCCCAGGCGACCAGACACCAGCGCCUCCAAGAUCUCUGUCACCGUCUCCAACAAGAUGGCGUCAAAGAGUGCCAAGGCUGUAGCAGCCCUGGCCCACCAGGAGGAGGAGAGCCUGGCCAUCCCCACCAAGCGGCGCCGGGUCACUGCGGAGAUGGAGGGGAAGUACAUCAUCAACAUGCCCAAGGGCACCACUCCUCGGACCCGCAAGAUCCUGGAGCAGCAGGCAGCCAAAGGUCUCCACAGGACAUCCGUGUUUGACCGCCUCGGCGCUGAGACCAAGGCAGAUACCACGACUGGCAGUAAACCCACAGGAGUCUUCAGCCGCCUGGGGGCCACCCCAGAUGUGGAUGAGGACCUGGCCUGGGACAGCGACAACGACAGUAGCAGUUCUGUCCUGCAGUAUGCCGGCGUUCUAAAGAAGCUGGGCCGGGCUCCUGUCAAGACCAGCACCCAGCCGGCACUGACUGUCAAAGCCAAGGCCACCAGCUCAGCAUCUGCCAACGCUGUCCCAAUGCUGAGGCGCCUGGCGCUGCCCCCAAGACCCAGACUUGAGCGGAAGCCGGAGUCCCUGUCCAAAGUCAGCGUCAUCCAGAGACUGGGCAAGGCUGCCCUUGUGCCUGAGGCCCAGGACAGCCAGGUCACGAGCACUAAGAGCCCGACUGUCCGCUGUGUCCUGCCUGACCCUCCUGCACCUCCGGCCUCCCAGCGGCCCCCUCGUCGACGGUGGCGUCCAGCCGGUAGAGACUGUUAGCGCCCUCAUUCCUGGGCUGCAGCCAGGGCACCUCCGGCCCCCUGCCCCCAGGCAUCCUUUUCUCUGAUGAGUGGGUGGCGGGCCCCAGGCACAGAGGGGAGGCCGGACCCGAGAGAUGAAGAUGGCUGUUUUAAUAUAGUUUGUGACUUUGAAGUGGCUUCCCUGCCCUUCUUCGGGAUGAGUCCCUGGGCUGUUUGUCACACCCAGCACAGGGCAGGGAGGACUCGAGCUCAGGCUGGGGUGUGUCUCAGGCUGGUUUGUGUGGCAAGUCCCCUCAACCCUGAGUCCAGGGGGUCAGGGCCAUGGUCACCCUUUAACUUGGCCUCCUCUCCCUGCAGCAAGUUGCAGUGGUUCCAUCACUUAGCUCAGCCCGCCCCUCGGUUGUCUCCUGUGUCUGCCGCUCUGAUCAUGGGUGACAUUCUGAAUGCAGGCUCCAUUUGCAUGGCAGUGGUUUCCUAGGACUUGAUGGCUCACCUCCUAGGCCGGGCCCAGGGGCCAGAGCUCCUUUGAGAGCAAGGCAGGCCUGCCCUAUGUGACCACAUGGUCCACAGCCACCAGGCUUCUUGACAUGCAGGUUGAGCUGGGCAGGAAGAAGCAGCUCCUGGAAGAGGGCAUUCAGGCAGAGGAGACAGUGGGGUGAGGGUCCUUGUGGGGCAAGGAGGUGGGGGGCCACUUUGGCAGAUGGGCUAGUGAAUGAGGGCCCCAGUCCCUGUGUGCAGGAGUGGUCAUGAGCCAGGCAACUUCAGGCUCUCUGAUCCAGUGAGAAUUCAGGACAUCAUCCUGAGUGCCUGGGGGGCAUUGGGGAGGGAGGGUUGGAAGCAGGCCUGUGACCUGCGUUCUGUGGCCUCUGCUAGGACAGGGAGGGCCUGUUGGGUGGGCAGGGCUGGGAGCAGGGCGGCAACUGCUCAGGGGCUCAGGCAGGAGAGGCCACAGCUGGGAGAGGAAGGCAGCCCCAGAGAAUGCUUUGGAGGAAGACCGGGUUGGGAGUGGGGUGAGACUUGCAGGGUAUGGCAGCUCCCCCCUGGUUGGGGGACCUGAGUGGUUAGAGGGGUGACUGCUGCUUGUAGAGAAGGGAAGGGCAAGGAGUGCAGGGGACUUGGGGGGACUUAGCUUUGACCCCUGAGAUGCAGGAGAUCACUGGACAGAGUGGUUCAGGGGUGCUCGGUGCUGCCAACUCCUCUGUACCGAGGACUCAGGUUCAAUGCCCAACACCACUGUAAGCUAGAGCUGAGUAGUACUUUGGUUAGAAAGAAAAGAAGGAAGGAAGGGAAGAAAGAAAGGAGGAAGAAGAGAAGAAAGAAAGAAAGAAAGAAAGAAAGAAAGAAAGAAAGAAGAAGGAAAAAAAAACAACUACAUCCCACUGUCUGACCUGGCCAGGCUAGCCAACAUUAGUGUACAGACAAGAGGGGACCCCCCCUUCCCCAUUUUGUGAACAGGAUCUGCUGGGGUGAUUACCACAGAAGGGGCAUGGGACAGGCCCGAGGACAGAGAUCACAUGAAGAGAUGAGACUUCGCCUUUGUGUUUACUUCUUGAUUAUGGGCAAAUUGACAUAUGACACAACUCAGCAGCUUGACCAACGGUAAGGGUACUGUCCAGGGGCACUGCGUACGUUUGUGUCCUCCCAAACAGGUCUGCAGGUGUCUAUCUUUCUCUCCCUUUCUCUGUCUUCCCC